AUGCAUGUCAAUUGGCUUGCCACGUCUGUUUGGCUCUUUGCCGGAGUGCGCGCCCAGCUUUUCAGCAGCCCUAUUCGAAGCCCCUCGGCUGCGCCAUCCUCGAGCGCGUCAGGAGUGAUCAGCGCCUCCCCGACAGUUGCGGCAGCUGUAGGGCAUUCUUCUAACCUUGCUGCAGCCGCAGCUGCAGCGGUUGAUGAUCCGGCAUACUGGCUUGCGAACAUCGCUCAUCAGGGUAUCGCGGCCUUCAAUCCAAACCCUUCUUCAUACAAGGUCUUUCGCAAUGUCAAGGACUAUGGUGCUAAAGGUGAUGGUGUAACAGAUGAUACUGCUGCGAUCAACGCAGCUAUGAGCGAUGGUGGUCGUUUCUCCCCAGCGAGUCGCGACUCUUCAACUACAACCCCUGCGAUUGUCUACUUCCCAGCCGGCACAUAUAUAAUCUCUUCGCCGAUCAUUGAUUACUACUUUACCCAGAUUAUUGGCAAUCCAAACUCGCUUCCUGUCAUCAAGGCGACGCCAGGAUUCACAGGACUUGGUCUGAUAGACGGCGAUCAAUAUCAGAGCGACGGUAACCAGGGCUGGAUAUCGACGAAUGUCUUCUUCAGGCAAAUUCGCAAUUUGAUCCUCGAUCUGACUGCUAUACCUGCGGGCACUGCUGCCACCGGUAUUCAUUGGCCUACCGGGCAAGCUACGAGCAUUCAAAAUGUCCAGAUCAGGAUGAGUUCUGGCGCGGGGACGCAGCAUCAAGGUCUUUUCAUUGAGAAUGGAUCUGGCGGUUUUAUAGCCGACGUUACGACCGUAGGCGGUUUGUAUGGGUUCAACAUCGGAAACCAGCAAUUCACCAUGCGCAAUCUGCACAUUUCAGACGCCGUUGUUGGUAUCUCCCAAAUUUGGGACUGGGGCUGGACAUACCAAGGACUCACUCUGACAAAUUGCACCACGGCCUUUUCAAUUGCCAACGGCGGUCCUGGAGCUCAGCUAGUUGGAUCUGCCAUUGUACUUGACAGUACGAUUGAGGACUGUCCUGUAUUCGUUGAGACAGCCUGGCAGAGCUCGAGCCAGAGCAAUGGUAGCUUGAUUCUGGAGAACGUGGCCCUCAACAACGUUCCCGUGGCUGUCAAGGGCCCAAGUGGAACAGUCCUUGCCGGGUCAGCGGGAGCCAUGACCAUCGCUGCGUGGGGUCAGGGACACAAGUAUACUCCUUCCGGACCGACCAACUUUCAGGGUGCGAUUACUGCGCCAACAAGACCCAGCGCUCUACUGUCUGGUGGAAGAUAUUACACCAAGUCAAAGCCGCAGUAUGAAUCAUCUUCGACUUCUUCGUUCCUGAGCGUACGAAGUGCUGGAGCUAAGGGCGAUGGGUCUACUGAUGACACUGCCGCAAUUCAAUCUGCUCUUACCACAGCCGUGUCUUCAGGACGAAUUGUCUACUUCGAUCAGGGUGUGUACAAGGUGACUGGCACACUCUACAUACCUCCUGGCUCGCGGAUUGUAGGAGAAGCAUAUCCGGUCAUCAUGGCUAGCGGGAGUCGGUGGUCCAACAUCAACCAGCCAGUGCCGGUGAUCCAAGUUGGUAAGGCAGGCGAGACUGGAAGCAUCGAAUGGUCAGAUAUGAUCGUGAGCACGCAAGGCUCGACGCCUGGUGCCGUGCUUAUCGAGUGGAACUUGGCGGCAAGUCAAGGCUCAGGCAUGUGGGACGUUCACACACGAAUCGGGGGAUUUGCGGGAUCAAACCUACAAGCCGUACAGUGCCCGACAUCCGCAGCUGUCUCGGCAGCCUGCGAAGCGGCUUACAUGUCGAUGCAUAUCACGAGCAGUGCCAGUAACGUCUACCUGGAGAAUGUUUGGCUGUGGACAGCCGAUCAUGACCUCGACGACGGUGGCGAUACCCGGAUCUCCGUCUACACUGGCCGAGGGCUUCUGGUAGAAGGACAGAACAUUUGGCUAUACGGUACCGGAGUCGAGCACCACUCGUUGUAUCAAUAUCAGUUCUCGGGCUCCCAAUCUGUUGUUACAAGCUUCAUCCAGACAGAAACACCAUACUACCAACCUAAUCCCAACGCAGCCAAUGGCCCAUAUCCCAGGAACACGGCUCUGAAUGACCCAGAUUACAGCAGCUGCCUACCGGGGAACUGCGAUGCGCUCGGUCUCCGGGUCUUGAACAGCCAGAACACGCUGAUCUACGGUGCAGGGCUCUACAGUUUCUUCAACUCCUAUAGCACCUCCUGCUCCGACUAUCCGGGCGGGAAAUGCCAGAGCGAAAUCUUUAGCAUCGAGGGCAGCACCAGCGGGCUGGUCGUCUACGCUCUAAGCACCGUGGGAACGAUGAACAUGGUUGUGAAGGACGGGGCCUCGCUGGCGGUGUACAGCGAUAAUCUUGCUACAUACGCGGACACGAUUGCCUAUUUCACCUUGUAG